AUGUUGAAAAGAAAUAAAGCAAAUGUUGUAAAUAAUACUGAAGUAGCUGAAGUUAAACAAACUCCAACACCUUCACAAGCAAAACCUUCAAUGACUCCUGAACCUAUGGAAGUACAAACUCCUGUUCAAAAGUCAACUCCUAAACCGACUCCAACAUUUAAACCAGAACCUACUCCUCAAAUAAAUCGUAAAACUCCUGCGUUUCCUUACUGA